AAGUAGAGUCUCAAUUGCGACAGAUUACUGAGCAACGCGUUCUAUGAACUCAUUCCUAACGACUGACGUCACGCACUGUGCGAUUGUUUUUCAUGUGAUCAGCGCUGAUGUCAUUGUUUCAGGGAUAAAGAGUGAGAAAGAUAUUUAGAUAUAAUUAAUCACUCCCGGGACAUUGUCAACAAAACUCAUAUAUUCGACAACCCACAAUGCGCAGUCCUGAAGAUAUCCCCAAGACGUUUUGUUCACUUGGGCGACUAGGCAAAAGCUUACUGUUCAAUGCUGACAUCUCAUAUUGUAGAAAUGUGACGAAUGAUAAUCUGGUUGCUAUUAAGUGCUUGGACACGGAUUUCUUACCAUCCAGCUUACUCGCAUUGCUGCAGCAUGAAGUUCGUUUAUCACGCAACUUAAGUCAUUCAAAUGUGAUCACUUUCUCAUCUAUAUUUCUUCAUGGAAGCAAGCUAUGCAUGGUUAUGCCUUUAAUGGAAUAUGGUUCCUGCACAGAUAUAAUGUCAGCGCAUUUUAAAUAUGGUCUAUCAGAACAUGUAAUUGCUCUAAUAAUGAGAGAAGUUUUGAAGGCAUUGGUUUAUAUUCACAGCAUGCGAUUAAUUCACAGAGGUAUAAAAGGUAGUCAUAUUCUUGUAUCGAAAACGGGUGCAGUAAAGUUGACAGGACAUCGGAAUGUCAUAGAAUUGACUCGAGAGGGUGUUCAAGUUCGAAAAGUUCAUGAUUUUCCAAAGCAUGAUACAUCUUUGUUACCAUGGCUGAGUCCUGAGAUUUUGCAACAAAACAUGCAAGGAUAUGACACUAAAUCAGAUAUUUACAGUCUUGGUAUCACAGCAUGUGAACUUGCAAAUGGACAUGCACCAUUCAUAGAUAUGCCUAGCACACAGAUGCUAUUGGAGAAGUUGAAUGGAACCAUUCCAUAUGUAUUGGAUGAGUCUACAGUUCCACCUCCAUCUGACAUUGCAGAUGAUUUGGAUAGUUCAACUGUGAAUCUGAAUCAUGAAGUUACAAGAUUGAGUAUGAUAAAAACAGCAAGAUCUCGACGUUUCUCACCCCCUUUCCAUAAGUUUGUCACAGAUAGCUUAGAACGGGAACCUGAACUCAGAUUAACAGCAGAAGAAUUAUUGAAGCAUCCAUUUUUAAAGCAAUUAAAAAAUCGCUCCAAUAUGGAAAUAUUUCAACCAAUAUUCAAAGAACUAACACCUGUGGGAAGCGAUCGAAAAGAUGGAGACUCUCAACCUGAGGAUUCGACUGUGACACAGAUGGGAGAACUUUCUAUUGAUGACACAGAAUGGGAUUUUGGAAGUUGACUCCUUCAAGUUACACAGCCUAAUUGAUUGACUUUCAUAUCAAAGAUUUGUCUUAACCAUAUGAUUCUAGGUCGUAACCUCAGGUUUAGUGGGAAACAAUGUGUUUUCAAAUGCAAGAACUGAAAGUAUAUGAUCUAUGUUUGAGCAAGGUGUAACUGUACCGGACCCUCCUGAAUACUGGGCACAUUUUGGGGUUUAUCAAUGAAUUUCAAACACGCCAUCGUUUUUUUUGGAGGGUUAGUAGCUUAACAUCACCUACCGGUAAUUACUUAUCGAUUUUAAUCGGUAAGUAUGUUGAUAGGUAUUUGUAUGUCUGUUAGAUGCACGCGAUAUCUCACGAAAGCGAGAUUGAAUCUGCUCCAGAUU